AGCGAGCCAGUUCACAAUUUGAAAAGAGAAAAACAAAACUAAAUAAUAAUAAUCAGAAUUGUACAAGAGUGAUUCAGGGAAUAUAUAUAUUUUCAAACCCGGCAGAUGUAACACGUGCCUAACUGAGUCGAAUUGAAGCACACCUUUAAAGAUCAUGUACAUUUACCCGAGCUCACCGGAAUCAGCCUCGUCCUUACAGUCCGAAGAAAGUGCCGCCAUAAAGAUACAAGCUGGUUUUCGGGGAUAUCGUGUUCGCAAGCAACUCCAUCGUCAGACCAAGCCCACAAGCAACGGAUAUUUAAGUCAUCGUCACUCCAAUCAACACAACAGACGACAUCAACGUCUACACGGCAACACAGUGAUGGAGAAUCAACAGAAACCAACCGCCACUAAUGAGAAUGCCCCCGCGGUGGCCAAUGUGGACGGUGACAUGACGUCAGAGGCAGAUCGUUGCGCGACAAAAAUUCAGGCGGGUUUCCGGGGAUUCCUUGUGCGAAAGAAGCAGAAAAUUGCCACAGAUGCGGCUGUUAAAAUACAGGCAGGCUUUCGUGGUUUUAAGGCUCGCAAAGAGUUGAAGCAAUCCUGAUUCCGCCUAGGCAAACAUAUACCAAUAUUUCUAAUUAACAUUUAAGCCCAUAGUUGUAUCGCAAUAACUAAAAUGUAAAUAUUUAAAAGAAGAAAAUGAAAAGCUAGUUCAUAGUGGACGGAGAAAUAAAAUACAUCCAACUAUAAAUUUAA